GAAGAGGAGACGGAAUGGUGGUGAAGAUGAUGGUUGUGUUCCACAGACCAAGCGUAGCACCCGGAACACUGUCCUUCAGGACACUUGGGACACUGAGAAGGUGGCUGUAACGAAAACCAGUAAGGAACACAGACUAAAAGGAAACAAAGUGUCCUGUGCGAGUCCCGACAGAGCAUGUGGUGCGGACAGCAGCCUCCACCCGAGCGCAGCGGGCUCCAGCCCCGUCUCCUGCCAGUCGUUCCACGAGCAGUCCGCGCUCAGCCAGGGCCCCUACUUCCGAAUUAACCAGAUCCUGAAGGAAGCACAUUUCCACAGCCUACAGAGCCGGGGGCGCCUGCCGACAUGA